AUGGCGGCAGCCACCAUGGACACCAUGGGCACGGCGGACACGGAGGACGUGGAAGCGGACACGGACGGAUGCAUAGGAUGGGCGGCAGUGGUGGUGGUCCUCCUGGUGGUCACCGCCGCCACUCUCACCCCCACCGCCCUCUCAGCCGCCUCCUCGAGGGCGCACAACACCAACGAGGGUCACCUCCCGUGGGUCUUUGACGAGACGGCCAAGCUCGAGCUGGAGCGUGUUGACUCGGGCAUGGGCCUCGCCUCGUUGACGCCCGUCACUCCUCGCAAGCGUGGUGCGGGCUCUUCGACCAUCCGUAUCACCACCGCAGGCGGAAAGGAGGAGUCGCUCGAAUGGCUGGCGUCGUCGCCCAUCCGCGGCGCCGGCUCGCCCAUGCCGCCCGACGCCACUCGCUCGCCAGCCGCAUCCUCGACUUCGCUCCCGCCCGCCUCGCCCGACGACGACGGCGACAGCGACGACGACGGUGACGACUCGCCGCACGCCACCUCGGAGUGGUCCGGCGUCGACCUCUCGCACAUGACGCUCAGGCAUCUUGCGCCGAGCCUCGGGACGUACUCGCGAAUUGUGGAGCUCGACAUCUCGCACAACUUGCUGCAGUCGGUCUCGCCGCACGUCUUUGCUGGCCUUCACCACCUCAAGGUCCUCAACCUCUCGCACAACCUGCUCUCAAACGUGCAGGACGGCUGGGUCGCCCUCACCUCGCUCCGGGUCCUCAACCUCGCGCACAACCACAUCCAGUACGCACCUUUUGACCUCGGCUCGCUCUACGCGCUCAAGUCGCUCAACCUGACGGCCAACCCGGUCUCCAACGUGGCGCAGGAGCUGCUGGCCAAGACCGACAACUCGAUUGUCAAGUACCUGCGCGACGUGGCGCCGCCACCGCCAGCGCCGCCGCUCCGCAAGCUCGUCACCUCGCCCUCGGUCCCGCCGCCGACAGCCGCCGAGCCGGCCUCGUUCACCGUCUUUUGCUACAACGUCCUCUGCGACGCGUACGCCACCGAGCAAAUGUACCCGCACACCCCGACGUGGGCUCUCGACUGGGAGUUCCGCAAGUCGCUCAUUCUCAACGAGAUCCUCAACAUGCAAGCCGACAUCAUUUGCCUGCAGGAGCUGCAGAUGAAGGAGUUUGACAACUGGCUCCAGCACGAGCUCCUCGCCUAUGGUUACAAGGGUGUGUUCAAGGCCAAGUCGCGCGUCCGGACCAUGCACCCGGAAAAGGCCGUCCUUGUCGACGGCUGUGCCACCUUUUACCGCACCGCCACCUUUACCCUCGAGGCCGAGGACGACGUCGAGUUUUCCGCCAUGGCCAUGGCCGAGCCCUCGCUCCGCGCUUCGGAGGACGCCUUCAACCGCCUCCUCACCCGCGACAACAUUGCCCUCAUCCUCACCCUGCGCUCCAACGCCGACGGCCACGUCGUCGUCGUCUCGAACACCCACGUCCACUUUGACCCCAAGUACGCCGACGUCAAGGUCAUCCAGGUCCAGAUGCUCCUCGAGGCAACCGCAAGCAAGGUCGAGGCCCUGACUGAGGCCACCGGCACCAAGCCGUACGCCGUCGUUUGUGGCGACUUUAACUCGCUGCCUGAGUCGGGCGUGUACAAGCUGCUCAAGACUGGAUUCCUCAAGGCCUCCCACGAAGACAUGCUUGGCUACUCGUACGGCUCGCUCUCCAAGACCGGCAUCAAGCACCGCCUCUCGCUCAACUCGGCUUACGCCUCCAUUCUCAACGAGGAGCUGCCCUUCACCAACUACACCCCGCUCUUCAAGGGCGUCAUCGACUACAUCUGGGUCGACUCGGAGCUGGUCACUGAAGCCGUGCUCGAGGGCCUCACCAACGAGGAAGCCCGCAAGGGCAUCGCCCUCCCCAACGCCCACCACCCAUCGGACCACAUUCCGCUCGCCUGUAAGAUUCGGAUCGAAUAACAUGUUGAUCAACCUACUUUUGUCGCGCGGACUUUGAACUGUCUGCGACGUUCGGCUUCAGUCGAGCGGCCGGAUGCCGAGUACCACAUGAUCAAACCAGAACGACUCGAGUG